CCACGGUCCCAGCCUGCCCCGCGCCGGCCAACGAGAGCAAAGCCAGUGACUCACCUCCGCCGCGCUAACUCCUCGGAGCUCUCCCCUCACUCACGCUCACACCCGGUUCGAGAUGGCGGCGGCAGCGGCAGCGGCGGGGGACUCUGAUUCCUGGGACGCGGACACGUUCUCCGUGGAAGACCCUGUGCGGAAGGUGGGGGGCGGCGGCACCGCCGGCGGGGACCGCUGGGAAGGCGAGGACGAGGACGAGGACGUCAAGGAUAACUGGGAUGAUGAUGAUGAUGAAAAAAAAGAGGAAGCGGAAGUAAAACCAGAAGUCAAAGUUUCAGAAAAGAAAAAAAUAGCAGAGAAAAUAAAAGAGAAAGAACGGCAACAGAAGAAAAGGCAAGAAGAAAUUAAAAAGCGGUUAGAAGAACCUGAAGAACCUAAAGUGCUAACACCAGAAGAACAAUUAGCAGAUAAACUGCGGCUAAAGAAAUUACAGGAAGAAUCAGACCUUGAAUUAGCAAAAGAAACUUUUGGUGUUAAUAAUACAGUUUAUGGCAUAGAUGCUAUGAACCCAUCUUCAAGAGAUGACUUCACAGAGUUUGGAAAGUUACUAAAAGAUAAAAUUACACAAUAUGAAAAGUCACUAUAUUAUGCCAGUUUUUUGGAAGCCUUAGUUCGAGAUGUGUGUAUUUCAUUGGAAAUUGAUGACUUGAAAAAGAUUACCAAUUCAUUGACUGUGCUUUGCAGUGAAAAACAAAAGCAAGAAAAGCAAAGCAAAGCCAAAAAGAAGAAGAAAGGUGUGGUCCCUGGAGGGGGAUUAAAGGCUACCAUGAAAGACGAUCUGGCAGAUUAUGGUGGCUAUGAUGGAGGAUAUGUACAAGACUAUGAAGACUUCAUGUGACAUUUUCUCUUCUCCUGGUGUUUUCUUUCUGUUGCCCACAAUCCCUUCAACAUGUAGCACAACUUCCUUUCCUUUCAGUUCUGCCAAAUGCUACAAUCAGAAGUGCAGUAUCUUUUGUGCUGGUUAUUUAACCCCUUGACACUUAGGUGCUAAUGUGCGAAUGAGGGAACUUGGAUCUUGCUGCCAAGGGGUUAAAAUUGGGAACCUCAGUUGCUACUAAAUCAUAGUUUAAAAAAAAACCUAAUAAUGUUGUCAUUGUUGCUAUCUGAUUCCAUAGCAGCAGUCACUGAAUUGGAAACAAAGGUUGCAACAUGACAAAAAUUGUGUAGUAUUUACCAGCACCAUUCAGUAAUACAGCCUUAACCAUACCUCCUUGAACUACUUCAUAACUUGUCAAGAAAAGCAGUUUGCGGCAAGGGCAUGUGGUGUGCACCUAGUAUUAAAAUUGCUUUGUCUUAAAAUUGAGCGUGAGGAUAUUAAAAAAAAUACAUUGUGAAGACGACUGCUUAUCUCAGAGUGAAGAUACAACGGCUGAAAAGCACUAGCUUGAUAUUUAAAAAUUAAAUGACCAAAACCCUCCAACCUUGAAGCUGAAGAAGGUAAACCUCUCCAUUAUUGCAUUGCAUUACAACUUGUGGAAUCUCUCGAAUGCAGAGACUGUCUAGUUUCUAUUUAUCAGACUGUUCCACUGAUGGAGUGCUUCAGAUGGGGGAGGGAAGCUCUUUACCUGUUUUAUUUCCCUGAUUUAAAUGUCUGAGAAUUCUCCUAGGCUGCAGUGGAACAACUUUAACAGGGUUUUGGCAUUUCCUUUCCUUUAUAAAACAUGCUCAGCAAACUGCACCAGUUGACUACAGUUUGGUAAAUUGUUAUGUUAACAAUUAUGACAUCUGCAGUGUUUUAUAAAGCAACUAAUUUAAUAAAAUCACUAUUGUGAGGACUUAAAUUUUGUGUUAACUCCCAAGAGAUAUAUUUGGAGAGUACAGAGCAGAGCUCUUGGGGAUAGAGUUCUCUGUUUACUUACAAAGCUUAAUAAAUGCCUGACGAGCAGUUACAGCUUUAAGACAAAAAUGAUGUGCCAGGCCCUAAAUAGUGUCACCCUAGAGCAACAGGGAUAGGGCUGCCUUCCUCCUCUUAUUUAUUUGGGCAAAUUAUUUGGUGGUUUAGAUACUAAGGCCUAAUUUUAAGUCACUAGAAGAGCUUAUUUAUUUGAAGUAAUUGAGCCUGUUACUCAGGUUAUGGCUGUAAGCAAGCAUAGAUUGGGUGAUCAUCUUAUAUAUUUUAAGGAAUUUAACCAAAUUUGUGGUUGGAGUCUUUUGAAACCAUCGGAGAAUCAAAAGCAAGGACAGAACAAAAAAUGUUUUAAAUUUCUCUUAAAUAGGAAUUAGGAACCUCAAUCAAAGUUCUGUUAGACUACUGAGUGUAAGACAGGACCAUCUAAAUGAUUUGAGGAAUUAAUAGGAAGCAGUGACUACACAGCAAUAAUUAGAGCAAAUAAAGAUUGUUUUAAGGCAGACAAGGGCUAAGAUUUCCUUGGCAGUAAUAAUGACAUACAGUGAAUUUAAAAUCUAUUUUAUUAUAGAGAUCAGUUUCUAACAAAUGGAAAUGUAUCUGUUCCUUAACUGUGUAAAUAAUAUUAAAUUCCUUUGAAACUGGAAUC